CACAUCUUCGAACUUCCAUGUUAUGGCCCGGCCGGCGUUGGGUUUGGGGGGUCUUUCCUUCCCCGACCGACUUCUUCACGAUAGCAACUUCCAGCUUUGGAUAACGAAACAACAACAACUAUUGGCAACCAACAAAGCCCUGUUACUUUUCUCCUCUUUCUCGUUGUUUAACGUGUCCAUCUGUAAACAAUAUCUUAAUCUUCUCCCACCCAUCAUCGCCGGCUUACAAGUGACCUCAUCUCAUACCAACCAUCUGGCAACUAUCAGCAUCCGCAGUCAAUAAUAGAUCACCAAGUAUGGAGGAACAAAUGGAUCGCUUGGUCGAGAGGGCAUGGGACAAGUUUCUCGACACACCCAAGGAUCAAAGACUCUUGAUCGCCAUAGCAGGUAUCCCCGGCUCCGGAAAAACAACCCUCUCCCAAAUCCUCGCUCGCCGCCUUAAUCACCUGCACUACACCACUUCCCCCCUUGCUUCCAUGUCCCCAGACUUCGCCACCGCCCUCCCCAUGGACGGCUUCCACCUCACGCGCGCCCAACUGUCCGCCAUGCCCGACCCGGACCUCGCACACGCCCGACGCGGCGCGGAAUUUACUUUUGAUGGACAGGGGUUCUAUGAGUUGGUGAAGGAACUACGAAAGCCGGUGACUGUAGGAAAUACAACAACAACAACAACAACAACAACAACAACAACGGUGUGGGCGCCUAGUUUCGAUCAUGCGUUGAAGGAUCCGGUGGAGAAAGGGAUCGAAGUCAGACCGGAGGUGAGGGUGGUGGUUUUUGAGGGGAAUUACCUCCUACUAGAUCAAAAACCCUGGUCUGAUGCUGCUAAACUGAUGGACCUCAAGUUCUUUGUCAGAGUGGCGUUCCCUGUUGCCAGGAAAAGGCUGGUGAAGAGGCAUUUGGCUGCUGGGAUUGCGGCCACAGAGGAGGAGGCGGAUAAGAGGGCGGUGGAGAAUGAUUUGGUCAAUGGGGCUCUGAUUGAGGAGUUGUUGAGGGAGGAUGAGCUGGAUGAGGUUGUGGAGAGCUUGGAGGAUGGGAAGUGGGUGCACACUUAGGCAGUGAGUGACGAGAGUGAGAGUGACGAGAGUGACGAGAGUGACGAAAGUGAGAGUGAGAGUUAUUGGUAUGAGAGUAACAGUGAUAGUGGGUAUGAGGCGGGGAGUGAGAGUGAGUGGCGGACAAAGACGAAAUGGAGAGGGAGACGGAGACAGAGAGAUUAAGUUGAUGGAGGAAGCUGUACCAAGGUAGGGAGGCAAGUUUGCGGGCUUGUGGCGAGCUGUGUCCGGAUCAUGUUUACUGUGUAUGAUCGGUUGAGGUUCAUGAGUUCGAGGCAGCGUUGAAGACAUCACAUAAAGCGUAUCAUUAAAGCGAGCAUUAUCUCUGGGAUUGAUUUCUUCGACUGUCUAUAGUCUAGAACUAUAAUCCAGUCCCGGUUCGUGUAUUACCUUGGAAC